AUGGCGCUGGAAGCCUUCUUUUCGAGCUUGCCCGAGGACCGCCUCUUCUAUCUAGCACUAGACGAGCUCCAAGAAAUCUUCCUCAUCUCCGUAGACGGCGUGCUGAGUCAGGAUGACGUCAUACGGGCCGGGGUGGUGCUGAAGCGCCUCCUCCGCCAGCGGAGCAACGUGCUGGUGGCGGUCACCGGAAGCGGAAUGGCCACCGUGUGGUCAAACAUACUCAGUGCCCCAGCAAACGGAAGGGCGGUCUAUUCAAUGCUUCGAGUCCUCGCCCUGCCAUCAAGUUCCCCUGAGCCCGCGAUAGCGAAUGCGUGGGCUUGGCUCAAAGCCCAUUCAAUUAGCGGCGGAGUUCAGCUGCCCGAGGAGCUUUUGCGCUCUAGCCCGCGAAACGUGGCGCUUCUCGUGGACUCCGUAACGGAUUUCGUGAAAAAGGGCGCGCCGGAGGACGUGAUGGAGCACGUCCGCGGGUACGAGAGGACCAGGCUGGUAAAGGAGACGUUGGACGACUUCGCCGUCUUCCUGAGAGAAGGGGACAGCACGUUUCGUGCACGCUUCGCAGCGCUCUGCGAUGACCAAGUCGGAGUGGAUCCGAGGGACCUGGAACGUCUCUGGUUGGGAGCAGACUUUCUGCUAAAGCCGUACGUGAAGCCGGCUGCGGGGACGAGCAAGGUGUUCUUGGACGCUCCUUAUCACACCAUCAUUUUCAAGACCUUGAUCGACGGGAACGGGAAGCUGGACACGUCCAAAGUCAACAACUUGCAGUACCCGGUUGCGGUAUACCACAAAGUGGCCCAUGAGUUGAAGACCUUUGGUGCAUCAUACAAGCGAGAGAAGGCGUCAAAGGGGCCAAGGGACGCUUUCUCCGACGACACACUUGGUCGGGAACUAGAAACUACCAUGAACGCGUUGCUCAGUGUCAUGCCGGCGUGUUGGCAAAGGACGGCCUGGAUUCAAUGGCUGGCCAGCCUCCAAACCCCUGAGUACGCUGCUGAGGCGAGCGCAACGGUACAGAGACUUGCCGAGCAAGUAACUCCGGAGGCGCGGGACAUGGCGGACGUGCUUUACCUGGUUCACUGCGCGGUAGCACACCGAUCACGGCUUUUGGUAGAGGUUCUGGAUUCUUUUCCAGCAACCUUGGAGAUCCACCGGGGCAUCUUGUCGUCGUUGUCAAAAAAACCAGAUUGA